AGGGUAGAAAAAGAAACAUGGCCUUCUCUUCCUUCUCUAUGAUUCCCAUUUUGAUCAAAAGAAUGGCUUAUUAAGCUUCACAAUUACACCCUAUUUCUGAAAAUAAAGGACCCUUUUUUCAGAUUACAUUCAAAGAUCACUACCAUCAAAAUAAAAAUCAACUAUUUAAAGAAAGAAAGAAGGGAACUUUUAUUCUAUCGAUUCUCUCUGUUUUCAGAUUUCUCAUUUCUCAUUUCAGUUUUGAGUUUUUCUUUUGUGGGUUUGUGUUGUUUUUGUGCCAUGACUGCCGAAGCAGAGGUUGCCCGUGAAUCGGAAAUUGAAGCUUCUAAUGUGCAGUCAUCGCUGCACAUCAUCGAUUCUUCUGUUGAUGAUAAGAAAAAUGAUGAAUCCAAGGAAUCCGAUUCGAAAUCGGAGCUGAAAAUGCUACAAAUCGAGGACGUGUUUACGAAUUUGAAGCUGAAUCCGAUGGCAAAGGAGUUCAUCCCUGCUUCGUACUUGAUCGAUCGGAGUCGCGAUCAGUUUGCUGAUGGGUAUUUCGUUCCUGGUUCCAAGUUUUUGGAUAACGAAGGUUUACCUAUCAAUCGGAGGAGAAGGAACAAGUAUAAUAAUGGAAGGAGGAUGAAUGGUAGAGUGUUUCAAGCUCAAAGAGAAGACAGUAUCAGGAGAACUGUCUAUGUUUCAGAUCUUGAUCAACAUGUCACUGAAGAGAGGCUUGCAGAUUUAUUUGGUCAGAACUGUGGACCAGUUGCUGAUUGCAGGAUUUGUGGUGAUCCUCACUCACGUCUCCGUUUUGCUUUCGUUGAGUUUGAUGAUGAGAGAUGUGCUAGAUAUGCUCUUAAUCUUUCGGGGACUAUGAUAGGUUUCUAUCCGAUAAAGGUCCUGCCUUCGAAAACGGCUAUCCUUCCUGUGAAUCCUACUUUCCUUCCGAGGUCAGAAGAUGAAAAGGAGAUGUGUGCGAGGACUGUCUACUGCACAAACAUAGAUAAGAUUGUCUCACAGUCUGAUGUCAAGAAUUUCUUUCAAUCGUCUUGUGGUCAGGUCUCUCAGUUGAGACUUUUGGGUGAUAAUGUCCAUUCAACCCGCAUUGCCUUUGUUGAAUUUGUGAUGGCUGAGAGCGCUAUCGAGGCAUUGAAUUUGAGUGGUAAAGUAUUGGGAACUCAAGCCAUAAGGGUAAGCCCUUCAAAGACUCCUGUUAGGCCACAGAUGGGGAAUCAGAAUGAGGGGGAAUGAGUAGCGGUUGGAAACCCGAACACAGAUCGUUGUACUUGUCGUUUGGUGUAUUCCCUGGCGCAAGAAAACUCUGACCUUUUGGCGAAAGGAAUGGCAAAGCUUUUGCCUGUUCUAGAAUUUCCAUUCUUUCUCGUCUUCUUCUUUACUUUUUUCCAUUUGCAACUGAGAUAUAGGAGUAUUUUGGUAAGCAACUUCGGUUGGAAGUUAGCCACAUUGAGCCCGGGGCUGUCCCGGGAAGUUUAACUUAAAAACUAUCUGCUGGUUUUUGUAUGGAAUUUCUGGAAACUUUUGAGAUCAAUUGCUUGUGUUGAUUAGAUGAUCUGAACAUACUUAUAAUGAGAACUCUUCAUCACAAACUUUUCAUCAAUGGUUUUUAUUUUUAAUAUUAUUUGAAUUAUCUUUUUAU